AUGGAGCCGGCCCAUCACCAACACCAGCAAUCUGGCGACCCAAGUACACGGAAGUCGGCCUCUGUAACCCCCCAAACUUUGACCUCGACCCAGCUGCACGCGCUCUUGGACAUCCUCACCCAUCACGAGACAUAUGCAGAGGUCGAAAGCUUCAAGCACCCUGCCACCAUUUCAGGGUAUGGAUAUCCCUUUGCCCAACGCACUAAGAAUGACAGUACUAGCGCACCGACAUAUGCCACCGACUCGUCGUCACCUUUACUAGCCGGAGUGCUCCGGACCAUCGUUUUGUCAUUUCCGGGAAUUCGGGAUCUGCCACCAGAGUUUUGGCACCAAAAGUUUCAAGGCAUCUUGGAAAAGCUUGCAGAGGCGAAUCUUUCCGAGAGCUACGACAAGGGGUCGCUGGGUGCUAGGAAGACUUUGGCCACUGCUGCGUCGUCGAUUCACGAAGUGGUUUCCCGGGGGAUACUCGGAGGUCUUGAACAAGGAGAGAAGAGAAAUCUCAAGGGCAACUAUGACCGAUCACAAGCGGAGGAUCUUGAGCGGGCAUGGGAGGAUGCUGUGCAUGAGUUGCUGUAUGGGAAUCUGAUUGAUGAACUGUUCCGCUGCGCUGCUGAGCAGAAGAGUCUGGAGGAACACUCGUCUGGUGUUCAAGCUGCAUUGCUACCUUAUUCCAUGGUUAAGCAGACUCUGCGCAUAGGAAAUGCCGCCACCAUGAUUCACGGCAUGAUGCGACUUUUGCUGGCCAAAGUGGGCGUCGGUGCACUUUCCAACUGGGUUGGACUCACCCAAGAUGCGGAUGAUGGCAUGAAUCUGUUACAAAAGAUCAUCUCGAUGGUUCUCUCUUGGGAUAACACCGAGUCAAGAAAAACCAUUGACAAGAUUGAAAAGACCAGAGGUCAACUUGCCUCGUCUAAGUGCCAACUUGAUGCGAUCAAAGUUCAUGUUGGCAGCCCAAGGGAGGAGCAUGACGAGGCCCGCAAUCACAGCAUACGCACCCCAGAAACAAUGGUGGUGACUAUUCUAAGGAGGUCCAAUCCCAGUUUGCUGAAGAACCUCACAGAAGAACAACACGCCCAGUAUCUUGAAUACUUCUCGACGUUGCUCAUGAUCAGAGACCGCGAGGAAAUUCCAAACGUACUCUGCCGUCAGCAACCAGAUCUUUUGACCAAAGCAGUCAAGGAUCUUGUGGCUGCGUUUGAGCCGUUUAUUCGCGUCCUGCAUGAACAUGUUGAUCUGCGGGAGCAUGUAGCGGCUGUUGAGGGAUUCAUUGGCGAUUUUAUCAACAUCGGCAAGGUGAAACCAAAGAACGGGAACGGCUUCCUCGGCAGCUGGACCAGUGGUUCCCCCAAAAACGAUGCUGAGGCCCGGACGCCAUCAGUGGAGGAUUAUGUCAUUCUUCUACGAAGAAACAGGCAGUUGUUGUACAAUUUCCUGCAUCAAGUGGCCAGCCAGUGCCCCUAUCUCACCAACGACUUUCGAGUAUGGUGUAACAGCACUAUCAAAGUGUUUCAGCAGCACCAGCGACCGCCAUCAGAACAUGAGAAAUCAACAAAGUCACCAGACUCGUCAAAAUCAAGGAAACGUCCUGGAGGUGCAGGCGCAGUGAGUAGUAACCUCCAGCACCUCUUUAGCUCCCUGCCUUCUUGGACAAGAGAACGCAUCCUUCCCAGCAUCAACGCGCAUGCGUCAUAUCUCUCUUCUUUGGAGGAUCUUUCGAGAAAACGGAUGCAGACAAUCUUGGAUAAUUUACCACCGGACACCCCACCUUCUUCUCCGCGACCGGCUUCUUCCUUGAGCAACAGUGGGUGGCCAACGCCGCUGUCUUGGGGGUGGUCAGGCGGCGGUGGUGAUUCCCGGAAACCAAGCCCGCCACCCACAACAACAACAACAACAACAACAACAACAACAACAACAACAACAACAGGGAACACAAUGCCGUUGAAACAGUCUUAUGCCGGACCGGGGAUGUUUCUCUCGAGAUGGCAGCAAUUGUUAGAUGAUACGGUUAUUGGACCCGCGACGUUGGAUGGGAAGUUGAGGAGUGGGAGGGAUGUCAAAGGGCAGUUGGCGAUGGGGAAAACAGGGGUGAUGAAAGAGGGAGGGCUGGAUCCAGCGAAGUUGGUGAGGAUGGCGGAGGAGGAGGCGCCGAGGGCUCCGGAUGUCAAGGUGGUGGUUGAGGCUUUGGGUGGGGAGUUUAAAGGGUUGGUGGGGGAUAUUUUGAAGGAGGAUGGGAGGUUUGCGGUUGGGGUUGAUAGGGUUGUGGAGAGACGUGAUUGUGGGAGGGCGAGGCAUAGGGAUAGAGUAGAGGUUUAG